CCGAAAUUUUGGUUUCGUAGCAACCUCCCAAGUCAAACAUCGAUAAGUUCAAAACUUCUCCAUCGAUUCGCAUCCAGCAGCGCAAGAUCGUCCACGACACAUCACAAUCACGAUGGCUCCUAAGCGUCUCGGUGGCUCGCGCCGCUCCUACAACCCAAUUACCGGCCUCUACAACGCCUUCUUUGUCUCCGAGAACGCCCCCAUUGUUCGCAGUGUCGCUGCUUUUGGGGUUGCCGUCACCUUCCUCGCCAGCGGCUUUGCCGGGGCCAUCCUUUGCCCGGAGUAAUUGACCGACCAUCCAACGAUCACGGAGAUCGAAACGCGCGAAAACAAGAAGUACAUCAAAAAUCCGGAUGAACGCUUGUAUAAGAAGUCGAAUAUAAUCUGUACGAUAUGGGGGAAACGGAUCGAUUGCUCGGUUGCGGAUAUCACCGAACAACUCCAAGGGCGGCGUUUGGCGGAUACACUCAAUGCUAAUAAUACACGAUACCUUGCUCCUUUGCCCCGUUCAUUGCUUGCGGGCGUGCUUUGUGAUUCCUCCA